UGGAUCGGAGGGGCGAGGUAGCGCCGAGAAGGUGACGCGGCUGCGGAGGUGACGCCGUGAGGUCGCGCGGCCCUUCCGGCGCGGGCAGGGCGCUGAGGAUCGGGCGCCCCUCGGCCGCAGGCCACCUCCAACGCCGCGGGAUGUAGCGCCCGGGCCCGCGGCCCCCAGCAGAGCAGCCAGCCAGGCCUGUCUACCAUCACAGGAAGAUCUCUGCCCCCUGGGGCUGAGAGACCCAAACCUCUCCUCAAGCUGAAGCUGCAGGGUAUUGAGGUACCAGCCAGAUGUCUUCCCACAAAGGGCCUGCGGUGGCACAGGGCAAUGGGGCUCCUUCUGGUAACAGAGAAACUGACACGGUGGAACUGGCUGAACUGGGACCCCUGCUGGAGGAGAAGGGCAAGCGGGCAACCACGAGCCCAGCAAAGGCUGAAGAAGAACAGACAUGCCCAGUGCCUCAGGAAGAGGAGGAGGAGGUGCGGGUACUAACGCUUCCUCUGCAAGCCCACCAUGCCAUGGAGAAGAUGGAGGAGUUCGUAUAUAAGGUCUGGGAGGGGCGCUGGAGAGUCAUCCCGUAUGAUGUGCUUCCCGACUGGCUGAAAGACAAUGACUACCUGUUACACGGCCACAGACCACCUAUGCCCUCCUUUCGGGCUUGCUUCAAGAGCAUCUUCCGCAUCCACACAGAAACUGGCAACAUCUGGACCCAUCUGCUUGGUUUCGUGCUGUUCCUCUUUUUGGGAAUCUUGACCAUGCUCAGACCAAAUAUGUACUUCAUGGCUCCCCUGCAGGAGAAGGUGGUGUUUGGGAUGUUCUUCCUCGGCGCAGUGCUCUGCCUCAGCUUCUCCUGGCUCUUCCACACCGUCUAUUGUCACUCAGAGAAAGUCUCACGGACUUUUUCUAAAUCCCCUGCAACUGGAUCUUCAGACAGUUGUGAGCUGCCAUGUGGGUGCUGGGAAUUGAACCCGGGUCCUCUGGAAGAGCAGUCAGUGCUCUUAACCACUGAGCCAUCUCUCCAGCCCCACAAAAUGUCCUGUCUGUUCUGUUCAGGCGUGUUCCUGGGACUUGGCUUGAGUGGUGUUGUACCCACCAUGCACUUUACAAUCGCUGAGGGCUUUGUCAAGGCCACCACUGUGGGCCAGAUGGGCUGGUUCUUCCUCAUGGCUGUGAUGUACAUCACUGGAGCUGGCCUGUAUGCUGCUCGGAUUCCUGAGCGCUUCUUUCCUGGAAAAUUUGACAUAUGGUUCCAGUCUCAUCAGAUUUUCCACGUCCUGGUGGUGGCAGCGGCUUUCGUCCACUUCUAUGGGGUCUCCAACCUUCAGGAAUUCCGUUACGGCCUGGAAGGUGGCUGUACCGACGACUCCCUUCUCUGAUCCUUCCCACUGAGGGUGGAGGAGGAACUUCCCAAGUGCUUUUAAAAAUAACUUCUUUGCUGAAGUAAGAGGGAGAAUCUGAGUUGUCUGUUUCUAGAAGAAACCUUAGAGAAGUGAGUACCAGUCAGCUUCAGCUCACUGUCACAGCCACCGGGCAAUAAACCUCCCCUUCCCAUCCCCUGACUGGGAGCCACCUUCUCAGCAGCCACCUCAGCAAGGACUGCUAGUCCUUCAAAGAUAGGACUAUGAAGCUCAUGUUGAGAUUUCACCCAUUCCUCCAGCCAUUUUGGGGAAAAAAAUAUGAACUGGGAUUCUUCAGAAAUUAUGUUUUGCUUUUUCUUGAAGAAAAUAUCCCUCCCUCACCCCCAUCCUUACUUUGUAACCUGGCUGAUAACAGGCCAUCCGUUUUUGUAGCACACUUUUCAAAAACAAUUAUAACCUGGUUCCGUCUUUCUAGGGCCUAGACCUGCUUAUAUGGCAGGACAAACAAAGCCCCCGCCUUGAUGUAGCCCGGCUAAUCAUGGAAGUAUGUCCAGGCUUCAAAUAACUUGAGUUUAAAACCUUUUUUUUUUCUUGGCAGAGUAAUGUAAAAUUAAAAUGGGGAAGAUAUUUAAUAUUUAAUACUAAGCUUUAAAAAGAAACCUGCUAUCAUUGCUAUGUACCUUGACUCAAAGACUAUUAUGAUAAUAAAAGAAAGUACAGACAA